CUUCCAUGUCUUAUUCAACAGCGCACCAACAUGCUCGAGAUGUGGCAUAAAUAGCAGCUGAUGCUGCUGGUACCGUUGGUCGAUGAGUGCCCGUCUUGUCGCGAUGGUGAACUUCAAGAUGUGCCUUCUAGUUUUGUGCGGGAAGUCACGAGCGUGAGAGGCAGAUUUCCGGUGAGAGUUUUAGCGCCUUCUUCAUGCGCAUAUACCUGAGCAGGUGUGUUGGCUCCAAUGGCAAGCUGCUCCGUGAGUUCGACAAGGCUGAGGGCGAAGUUCAUUCGCUGGUGAACGCCCCGACCUUUACUGUACGUAGUCUCGACGUGGCGAGGCAGAUUCACGUGAUUUGAUUGAGUGUCCGGAAUUUAUUGAGCUAUAUUCGAGGAAUUAUUCUCAAGUUAUCGAGCGGCUACUGCUCUGCAACUUAUGGCGACAUUUGAAGAAGGCCUGGUGUUAGGGCCUUUGUCGCUCGACAGUCCAACUCUCAGCGAACAGGACAAGGUAUGCCAAUACCUGUGGGAUUGGCCGGAUUGUACAAGCUGCCGUAAAGCAGGGCACUGUCCCAUCAGUGCCUGUCCAUGGAGCAGGAAAGCUGGGGUCCAACAGUACUUGCAGUUUUAUAAGGACGUCGCGUGCGGAAGUCGUCCGGCGGAUACUUUCGAGGUUCGACAAGCGCUUCGCGACCACAAUGAAUUGUUGACAAUCAUUCGCCUCAUCAAGAGCCGCCCGAGUUCUGCUCGACGCACACUCAUGCAGGAACACUUCGCUGCCUACGAUGAGCGGCCUUCCCUGGCCGAACAGAACCGAGCCUUCGAUGUCGCAAUACGGUUACUCACCAUGGUCGAGUGUUCCACGGGAGGCCACCAAAGGCUCGACAUAAGUCCACUCUCGCCCUCCAUUGUUUGGAAAGGGGACGACUCGGCUAUCGGCUUCGCGGAAUCAGCAGUUCGGUUAGGUGCCCCAUUGACUUAUGACGAGAUUGUGGUGCUGCUUCCCGACUUGACGGCGCAGAAUUUAGAGAGCCAUGGAAUGGUACUUGUGCAAACCAAUAAUAUUCGAGAGCACUUGCUGUAUAACCCACGAGCCAGGAUCGUGCACGUUUAUCAUUAUGCCGGGUUCCUGAAAGAGUGCCUCUGGCCGAAACAGCAUGAGAAUCCUGUUGAUGCAGCAAUCUUUCCCCGCCAGCUUGCAUUCGAGACACUUUAUUCGCUUCAAUCGGUUUUGUUCCCAUGGCAUGAUCAACUGAGCCGUGCUAUAGUCGAGAGAGAAGGGUUUGACCGGACAUGCCUGGAAGUUGAUAAUGUGCAUUACAGUGUCCAAUUUGAGCAUUGGGGUGCGCGAAUGCGUGUUCUGGCCAGGGUGCUUGAGACAGGGAGACCAACGAACGCGUUAUGGGCUUGGCUGAAGAGAAGAAGUAGGAUGAAAUUGGUGAUGUUGCUGAUUGCUGCAUUUGCAGCGAUCGUGACGGUCGCGACCUUCAUCCUCGAGGCCUGGAAGAGACGGGAGAAAGAGGCUUGAGUAAUUUAUAUCGAACUGAAAAUGUAGUCAGCCAAGAAGA